AGAGCGUUCGCUCGCAUCAUCCCAAAGCGUCCUCUUCCCCUUCUCCUCCACUCGUCGCCCGUAGUCGCCGCCGCCGCCACCGCCACCGCUCGUGUCCUCCACCCGUCGCUGCUGCUGUCGUCGUCCUCCUCAUCGUCGGCUCCCUCAUUACUCCUACGACUUGAUCUUCAUCGCGCAUUCACUACCAGCUGCCGUAGCUCGCUACCCUAUCGCAUCGUGCCUCGUCCCUACCCGACGUGCUCGCCUGCCCUCACUCGCUAUCUCGAUUCACUUCCAUCAUCAUCUUCUUCUUCCUCAUCCUCCAUGUCUGCCACCAUUCUCGACGGUCGCGUCAUCGCCAAGGCGCUGCGUGACGAGGUCGCCGCCGACGUUGCCAAGCUCAAGGCUGAGAACGACGGCUACACGCCCGGUCUCGCCAUCGUCCAGGUCGGCGGCCGCGAGGACAGCAACGUCUAUAUUCGCAUGAAGACACGCGCCGCUGCCGAGGCGGGCGUCGCCUUCCGUCACCUCCACUUCCCGGAAUCCAUCCCCCAGGCCGAUCUGCUCGAUGAGAUUGAGCGCCUCAACAACGACGCGGCCGUCCACGGCAUCCUCGUCCAGCUGCCCCUCCCCAAGCACAUUGACGUCGAGGCCGUCACCGACGCCAUCGACUUCCACAAGGACGUCGACGGCUUCCACACCCUCAACGUCGGCAAGCUCGCCAAGUCCGGCGAGACCCCGCUCUUUGUGCCCUGCACCCCCAAGGGCUGCAUGGAGCUGCUCAAGCGUGCCGGCGUCCAAAUCUCGGGCAAGAACGCCGUCGUCGUUGGCCGCAGCAACAUUGUGGGCCACCCCGUCGCCGAUCUGCUCCUGCGCCAGAACGCCACCGUCACCAUCUGCCACUCGCGCACCCAAAACCUCCCCGAGGUUGUUGCUCGCGGCGACAUUGUCAUUGCUGCCGUCGGCCGCCCCGAAAUGAUCAAGGGCGACUGGCUCAAGCCCGGCGCUGUCGUCAUUGACGUCGGCAUCAACUCGAUCAAGGACGAGAAGACUGCCAGCGGCACCAAGCUUGUCGGCGAUGUUGACUUUGCCAGCUGCGUCGGCAAGGCGGGCAUCAUCACCCCCGUCCCCGGCGGUGUCGGUCCGAUGACGGUCGCCAUGCUCAUCGAGUCCACCGUCGAGAGCGCCAAGCGCCACCUCGCUGCCUCCAAGGGCGACUGGAAGGUCCGCAUCCUCAACCUCGACCUCAAGACCCCGGUUCCCAGCGACAUUAACAUUGCCAAGGCCCAGCAGCCCAAGCCCAUCGCCAGCCUCCUGAAGGAAAUCAACCUCCUCCCCAACGAGGUCGACCUGUUUGGCAAGUACAAGGCCAAGGUCUCCCUCUCCGUGCUCGAGCGCCUCGCCAACAAGAAGAACGGCCGCUACAUUGUCGUUGCCGGCAUCACCCCGACCCCGCUCGGUGAGGGCAAGAGCACCACGACCAUUGGUCUGACCCAGGCGCUCGGCGCCCACCUCAAGAAGAACGUGUACGCGUGCGUUCGCCAGCCCUCGCAGGGCCCCACCUUUGGCAUCAAGGGUGGCGCUGCCGGCGGCGGUUACUCCCAAGUCAUCCCCAUGGAGGAGUUCAACCUCCACCUGACUGGCGACAUUCAUGCCAUCACUGCCGCCAACAACCUGCUCGCUGCCGCCAUCGAUGCGCGCGUCCUGCACGAGGGCACCUCCACCGAUGUCCAGAUGUUUGACCGCCUGUGCCCCAAGUCCAAGGCCGGCGUCCGCACCUUUGCCCCCGUCAUGUUCACUCGCCUGCGCAAGCUCGGCAUUGACAAGACCAACCCCGAAGACCUGACCGCCGAGGAGCGCUCCAAGUUUGUCCGUCUCGACAUUGACCCGUCGACCAUCACGUGGCGCCGCGUGCUCGACACCAACGACCGCUUCCUGCGCCAGGUGCAGGUCGGCCAGGGCGAGCUCGAGAAGCAGUUUACGCGCGAGACUGGCUUUGACAUUGCCGUCGCCAGCGAGAUUAUGGCCAUCCUGGCCCUCACCAACGAUCUGCCCGACAUGCGUCGCCGCCUCGGCGCGAUGGUCGUCGCCACCAGCCGCUCUGGCGAGCCCGUCACUGCCGACGACAUUGGCGCUUCUGGCGCCCUCAUGGUCCUCAUGAAGGAUGCCAUCCGUCCCAACCUCAUGCAGACCCUGGAAGGCACCCCCGUCUUUGUCCACGCCGGUCCUUUCGCCAACAUUGCCCACGGCAACUCGUCCAUCAUUGCCGAUCGCAUCGCCCUCAAGUCUGUCGGCGCUGACGGCUAUGUCGUCACUGAGGCUGGCUUUGGCGCUGACAUUGGCAUGGAAAAGUUUUUCAACAUCAAGUGCCGCUCGUCCGGUCUCCAGCCCAACUGCGUCGUGCUCGUCGCCACCGCGCGCGCCCUCAAGAUGCACGGCGGAGGCCCCGAGGUUGUUGCCGGAAAGCCCCUGCCCGCUGCCUACACUGAGGAGAACAUUGACCUCGUUGUCAAGGGCUGCUCCAACCUUGCCAAGCAGAUUUCCAACGCCCGUCUGUUUGGCGUCCCCGUCGUCGUGGCCAUCAACCACUUUGCGACCGACUCGAACGCCGAGCUCGAGGCCAUUCGCGAGCAGGCCCUGAAGGCUGGCGCCUUCGAUGCGGUCAUUUGCCACCACUGGGCAAAGGGCGGCGCCGGUGCCACCCUCCUUGCUGAGGCCGUCGUUCGUGCCACCGAGCAACCCAGCAACUUCAAGCUGCUGUACGACGUCAAGCUCCCCAUCGAGGAGAAGAUUGCCAAGAUUGCCACCGACAUCUACGGCGCGGCUGGCAUUGAGCUCAGCGAGAAGGCCAAGACUCAGAUUGCUCUGUACAAGAAGCAGGGCUUCAAUGAUUUGCCGAUUUGCAUGGCCAAGACCCACCUGUCGCUGUCCCACGACCCGACUGUGAAGGGUGCUCCGACCGGCUUCACUCUGCCCAUUCGCGAAGUUCGCGCAAGUGUUGGUGCUGGUUUCCUCUAUCCCCUGGUUGGCGCUAUGCCAACCAUGCCCGGCCUGCCCACUCGCCCCGCGUUCUUUGAGAUUGAUCUCGACCUCACCACUGGCGAGGUUAUUGGUCUGUCUUAAACGACGCUGUUGUGCGUUGUUAUUGUCUGUGUUUUUGUUGCGUUGGUUGUUUUUGAGUUUCUGUGCACAUAAAGUAUCCUUUUUUUGCCA